UGAAGCAGCUUUAACUUCUAACAGCAACAGAGGAAUGUUUCAUCCUGCUCUUCUACGUGUUCUGUUCUGUCAGACAUCACAGAUCCACAGGAAGUCUGCAGGUUUUCUGACUCAGUCUCUUUCUGUCUUUAGAAAAGGUUUUGGGAGUUGAUGUGAAACAGGAAGUGGUUUAAAGUGAGCAGGUUGACACACAGAGCAGAAAACACAGACAGGAGGCCUCACUCCGACAGGUUUCUGUGGAUCCAUCCCGACGCUUACUGCUGGACCUGGUGGCUGUGCGGAGUGAGGYGUCUGUCUCAGAGAGGAUCUUUGACCGCAGAGAGGAAACUUGAAGCUGCAGAGAGAAGUUUGUCAGACAGCUGGAGGUUCAUCAUUCUGCCUCUUCUUCUGGAUUCGGACCGAGCUGACGGCAGAAUGAAGGAUCAGAACUUCAAGGACCAGGUGACAAAGAUCCUGGAGGAGGUUCCACACGCCCGCAAGAAUCUGAGAGAAAACUACGACAACCUGAUGAACGUGGCCGAGUACUGCUACAACAACUACACACAGUCAGGUGAGAACAACCUGAAGGCUUUGGAGGAAACUAAAAACUUCACCACCCAGUCACUGGCCAGUGUGGCCUAUCAGAUCAGCACUCUGGCCAGCAGCGUCCUGAAUCUGCUGGAUGCUCAGACCAAUCAGCUGCGCCAAAUGGAGUCCUCUAUCAAUCUGAUUGGUCAGACGGUGGAGAUGCAUAAAGAGAAAGUUUCUCGGAGGGAGAUUGGGGUCUUCACGGCGGUCAGAAGAGUUCCUCGUAACCAUAAGAUCAUUCCUCCUUCUGGAACACAGACCCGCCCACCGUACAGCCGCCGGCCAAUCAGCUAUCAGCAGCUGGACGAGCUGGGCCAUGGUGUAAAGGUCUCUGGGAAACAGUCGGACCGAACGGGAACGAUCCGGAAACACGGAGCCUCGGUCAGGUCCAACAAAAGCCUGGAGCCCAUUCAGUGCCCUGUGGUGCCCCCUGCUGGCGGUUCCAGCUUUGGAAAACCUGUAGCUCCGCCCACCAUCCCCACCACCUGGCAGACCCCACCUGAGUGUGACAUCAUCACCACGCUGCUGGACGAUGCCUUGCCGCCUCCUCUGCCAGCGGAUGUUUUGGCUCAGGGUGACUGCGUCAUCAACGCGUCUGCCCUGCCCCCUCCGCCUCCUCUCUUUGGUUUGUCUGCAGGAGCUCCGCCUCCUCCACCUCCUCCACCUCCUCCACCUCCCCCUGGUUCGCUGGGAGAAGGAGAGGUCCUGUGCCCUCCACCUCCUCCCCCUGGUCUGUCAGGAGAGAUGGCGGCUCUGCCACCUCCACCUCCACCUCCUCCAGGUAUGUCGAAAGGGACGGUGACUCCGCCCCCUCCACCUCCUCCACCCCCAGCUUCAGGGGCUCUGACCAAUCACAGCACUCCGCCUCCGGCUCCUCCUCCCAUGGCACCACUCAGUCUGGAAACAGUGGUGGAGGAGAACAGCUUUUCCCAUCCCUCCCCUCCUCCUCCCCCACCUCUCGCUGACGACGACGGCUUCCCACCGUUACCCACUGAUGGCUCAGAGCUGCCGGCCCCGCCCCCUCCACCCGCCCAGGAAAUAGACGUGACACUCCUGUCUAGGAGGAGUCGCCACCGGCGCUCACCUCCCACCUCUCGCUCUGUGUCUAUGAGGGUCCGCUCAGGCCCUGCCUCCCGCUGCCGCUACACUCGCUCCCUCUUCCUGCCUGCUGUCCAAUCACUCAUGAUCCCCCCUCCUCCCCCGUACCCUCCCCCCUGUGCCCCUCAGAACCCCCCCUCCUCCCCCUCACCUCGGCUCUGCUUACCUGCUCGUCUCGAACACCUGGAUCUGGAGAUCCUAGCCCCGCCUCCUCCUCUGUCAUUGGAAGAUGUCAGGGGCUUUGAUGACCUCAUGCCACCACUUCCUCCUCCAGUGGACUACGACACCGACGCCCCCGCCGACUACCUGGAGAAAGUGGUGGCGCUGUACAGCUACGAGGCCUCCAAGCCCGAUGACCUGUCUUUCAACGAGGGCGACGUCAUCUACCUGAUGCGCCGCCAAGACAACGGCUGGUGUGAAGGCGUGUCCAAGGGCAAGCAGGGCUUCUUCCCGAUGAACUACGUUCAGUCCUCUGGCUGAAUGAGGCCACGCCCUUUUGUUAGUGUGAUAUAUACACAGUAUAUAUAUAUAUAUAUAGGUUUUCCAGCUGUAAUAAUCAUAGAUUUAAAGGUAAAUGUCACCUGGAAGCAGCAAAUAUCUAUAAGGCUGUAAAUAAUACAAAUAAAAUUUGUUUCACGAAGAA